UUCUAUUGUGUGAAAUCACUUGGCUUUGUGCUCCCGCUUCCUGCCGCCGGCGCGCGUGGUCGCGAGGAAGCGGGGCCGCGGGGGGCCAGCGCACGUGUCCCGCCAAGUCAGCAGCUCCGCUCCCAACUGGCGCCACCGUCGGCGGCUUUAAUGAAGGGGUUAACUCUGUUCCAAAAGUGCUUUUAUGGACUGAUGGCUUCGGCAGGUGCGUCACUGCCUGAGUGUGAGGGAAGCGGGGGCACAGGCUUUUGACAGGCACAGAGACCCGAAACACAGCUGCAGGUGGAGCUUAAUUAAAAUGCCCCCCCCCCCCGCACCCCACCCCUCCACGAGACCCAAGUGCACAAAACACCAACUUCAGGGCUGCCCAAGAGGAGCGGCCCCAGAGCUUCAGCCCUCAGAAUGCCGCCACCUCUCUGCUUGCUGCUGCUGCUGCUGUCGGGGGCCACAGCCCCGGCGGCCCUGCCCCUGGUAGGUGGCCUCAAGGGACACGACGACCAGCAUCUGCUGGAAGGGAUGGAAAUGAAGAAAAACAGCCUCUUGACUUUCCUGUCUGGGUGGUACCAGUGGGUGUCCCAGGCGGGUGCAGCUCCCUUCACAGGAGGGGGAGUCGGGGAGGCGGCCAAGCGACAGGAGGUCCCACCCCCUCAGUGGUCACUGCGGGAGAAGACACCCUGCAAGGAUUUCUUCUGGAAGACCUUCUCCUCCUGCAAAUAAAACUCCACCCCCGAUCGCUCACGCAAAGGAGUGUAACGAACCAUCUGAAUAAAAUGUAUUAACAGCUGUGAUCUUUCUUCUACUUCCCGAGUAGUAUGAAAAGUUUUAUUUAUUUAUUUAUAUCUUAAAAU